AUGGAUGAAGACAAUACUGGUGAUGACGAUGAAAGUGAAGAUGAAUGGGAAGAUGUGGAAGAACUCCAGGAACCUGCCACAGAUAAGUUAGAAGCUGCUGUUCUUCCGGUGUUGCCAAGCAACCCUGUUGAGAUAGAGAUUGAAACCCCAGAGCUGCUGAAGAGAAGAGAGAGGAGAGAAAAGAGGAAAGCUGAGUUUGAGAUGUACAUUCGGAGAAUGAUGAAGCGUUUCAGCAAGGAGGUUCGUGAGGACACACACAAGGUUCACCUUCUGUGUUUAUUAGCAAAUGGCUUCUACAGAAACAGGAUCUGCAGCCAGCCAGAGCUUCAUGCCAUUGGCCUGUCCAUCAUCCCCACCCGCUUCACUAAAGUGCCUGCAGACCAGGUGGACCUCCACUGCCUUUCCAACUUGGUGAAAUGGUUUGUUGGAACCUUCACUAUCAAUGAUGAGCUUUCAACUGAAAAAGGAGAGUCCCUUCAGUCAACCUUGGAGAGGCGCUUUGCCAUCUAUGCUGCACGGGAUGAGGAAGAGUUGGUUCACAUAUUUUUAAUCAUCCUGCGAGCGCUACAGCUGCUGUGUCGCCUCGUGCUGUCUCUUCAGCCUGUUCCUCUCAAGGAGACAAAAGCAAAGGGGAAGAGCUCAUCCCAGAAGCAGUAUCUCAGCAGUACCUUUGAGGGGCAGAAGAGCUCUGCCAUAACACUCAAAGCUGUGGCCAAAAAAUGCCCCUGCAAAAAAGCCAAGCAGGAUGAGAAAUCCUCAGAGGGUGAAGAAGACAACAAGGAGCCGAAGAAGCCCAAAACUGCUCAGCCCAAAAGGCCACACAAAUCAAAGAUGACUGCAGGCAGCCAGGGACAGAAGGAAUCUGGUAACAGGGAGAGCAGUUUAGUGGAAAAAGAUGUUCCAGUCAGGCCCAAGAACGAUCGUCGGAGACAAGUGGCCUCCAAAGUGUGUUACAAAGAAGAGAGUGACAGUGAUGAGGGCAGUGUGUCGGACUUUGAGGUUUCAGAGGAGGAGAGUGAUCUCUCUGAUGAGGAUUUUGAAACUGUCUCUAAAAGGUGGAGGAGCUCAUUGGGCUCCCAGAAGUCGAAGGUAACAGCUAUAAAAAGCCCCAAAGCUGAGACUUCAAUAUUGAAGGUAUCUCAAAGUCCAUCUGGAGCUGAGCCUAGGCCAGCAGAUAGUCCAGCUCCAGCCUUGGCUUCUGCAGCAAGAAAGAGGAACAAAAUCAUUUCUAGUGAUGAGGAUGAUGGGGAGCAGGAGGUAAGGAAAGCAACGAGCACAGACCAGUGGCUGGAGGUUUUCCUUGAGCCUGAGGACAAGUGGGUGAGUGUAGACUGUGUUCAUGGCAAUGUUGGCCAGCCCCAGCUGUGCUUCACAUAUGCCACAAAGCCACUCUCCUACGUCCUGGGAUUUGACAACGAUGGGAGCGUCAGGGAUGUGACACAAAGGUAUGACCCGGUGUGGAUGACGGCAACGAGGAAGAGCCGUGUGGACCCUGCGUGGUGGGAGGACACGCUGCAGCCAUAUAGAAGUCCCUAUGUGCAAAGAGACAAGAAGGAGGAAAAUGAGUUUCAGGUUAAGCUUCAGGAUCAGCCUCUCCCAACUGCAAUUGGAGAGUACAAAAACCACCCUCUUUAUGCACUGAAGAGGCACCUCUUGAAAUACCAGGCAAUCUAUCCGGAGUCAGCUGCUAUCCUGGGGUACUGCAAGGGAGAGGCUGUCUACUCCAGGGACUGUGUGCACACGCUGCACUCCAAGGACACUUGGCUGAAGCAAGCUCGCGUGGUGAGGAUUGGAGAAAUGCCUUACAAGAUGGUGAAAGGAUUUUCCAACCAGGCGCGGAAGGCGCGUCUCGCAAAGCCUGCAGACCAGGACAGGGAGGACCUGGCGCUCUUCGGUCACUGGCAGACAGAGGAGUUCCAGCCGCCUGUAGCAGUGGAUGGAAAGGUUCCUCGGAAUGAAUAUGGGAAUGUCUAUCUCUUCCUGCCAUGCAUGUUACCCAUUGGCUGUGUGCAGCUGAAACUCCCAAACCUGAACAGAGUGGCGCGGAAGCUGGACAUUGACUGUGCUCAGGCCAUCACUGGAUUUGAUUUUCAUGGUGGCUACUCACACCCAGUCACUGACGGCUACGUUGUCUGUGAGGAGUUUAAAGAGGUGCUCAUUGCUGCCUGGGAGAAUGAACAAGCAGAAAUAGAAAGGAAGGAGAAGGAGAAGCGUGAGAAGAGAGCUCUGGGUAAUUGGAAGCUGCUGAUAAAAGGACUUCUCAUCAGAGAGCGACUGAAGCAACGCUACUCCUUCAGGACUGAACCAUCAGCACCAGUGACCAAGAAAGGAGCGGGAUCCUCUUCUGAAGGAGGAGGAGGUCCGAGCUCAGAGCCUGCAGCAGGGAAUGUGGAUCUCUUCUGGCCCCAGAAUCGCCAGUUGGAGAUGAAAAAAGAAGAGAAGACAACCAGAAAGAGCAAGCGGGAAAGGAAAGGGGAAGAAGCACAUUUGUUCCCUUUUGAGAAACUGUGA